GUAUUUAAAGCCUUCCCCCGAGAAACACAUGUGCAGUCCACUCCGUUGCGUUGCGUGUUCUACGAAGAGAAACUCCAAGAGUAAGCAGUUCGUUCUACCUUAGCAGAACUGCUCUAUUAUCAACAAAACCUUUGAGGACAUUUCAUCGCUGCCCACUUAUCAUCUACCGGAAGCAAUGGCUAGUGGCGACCCGUACACAAAGCUUGAGCGUCGUCUCCUCUCUGAUCGCUUAUUGGACCAGUACAGUUAUCCACGUCCCCAUCCAAGAGUCAAAGGUCAAGCGGUCAUAUCAAACGCAAGAAAUAGAUAUACUCAGAUACCAGACAAGUUUUCAAGGAAAUGCAGAAGAUGUGGAGAAGUUUACGCUGUGCUAGAAAAUGGCAAAUCGCGUCAGCCUGAAGUUUGUCGCUACCACUCCAACAGUGGACACCCAGGACGUCCGUUUAAAUGUUGUGGUAGGCGACCCCCAUCGAGCCCUUGCAGAACUGCCCCUCAACAUGUCCAUGAAGCUGACUUGAACAACAUGACUGGUUACUUUCUCACGAGAGAGAACUUUUCUGUGACGUCUCGUGAAGCUUAUGCCGUAGACACAGAAAUGAUCUACACCGGAGGGGGUCUAGAAGUGGCUUGCCUGUCCGUUGUCAACACCGAAUGUGAAGUGGUUUAUGAAACGAUGGUUGUCCCUGACAAUCCUAUUUUGGAUUACAACACAGAGUUUUCAGGACUCGAGUCGUCUGACUUCAUUGGUGUGACAACCACCAUGAGAGACGUUCAUGGAAAGCUGCGGACGCUGUGGGGUCCUAACACCAUCCUAGUGGGCCAUGGGUUAGAGAGCGAUUUAAUCAAACUGCGUGUGAUUCAUGAUAAAGUCGUCGAUACGCUUCAAUUAUACCCACACAAGAAAGGUCUUCCGUUCAUGAAUUCGCUCCAGUAUUUGAAAGACCACUACUAUUUACCACGUAGCACAAAUGCUGCAAGUUCUUAUAAAUGUGGUAGAGAUGCAGCUGCCGCUAUGAAGCUUGCUCUUCGAAGGGCAUAAAAUCCUAGUUAAUGGAACUUAAUACACACGGGGAUUCAGUAAUUACUUGGUUUUAACGGGUUGUACUCUGCAUGAUUACAUUAUUCGUAAAAUUUCAGUUGUGGAAGGAAUUGGCCCAUUGUUUUCUGUGAGAGUACUAUUAUUUAGUACUAUUCCAAAAGCUAACAUGAAGUCGUCAGAGAAAUUAAUAGUUUUUCAAUCCUGAAGUUUCUUGAAACAAGAAUGUUUGGAACGAUCUUCCAGCUAUAAUGGCAGAAGGUAUGAAAGCCGGACACUCAGUUCGUUCAUAUGUAAAUUUAUACCGGUAAUAGUCUGGCAAAAUUAUGAAUUGACGACAAAGAGCAGCCUAUUAUAUGUAAUCUGCACAGCUGUGGUGUGUGUGCAAUUUCAGUUUGUUACACGUAAUUUUUUAAGAGAUGUAGUUUCAGUUUGUUACACAAUUCGUAAUGCAGAUGUAAUUUUAGUUCGUUUGUUUACACAAUUCUUAAUGCAGAUGUAAUUUUAGUUCGUUUGUACAAAAGUACUUGUUAAGAUGUAAUUUACUAGGUAAUGAUUAUCAGCUGUCUCUCUCUUACUUUAAAAGUUAAAGGUUAAUUUACUAGUUAACGAUUAUGUUUUGAGGAUAGUGUGUUUAUGCCUCGGAAUAAUUCCACUGGUUUGAUUAUAUACACAUGCCUUCAGUCGUAGUUGUUGGUUUUUUUUCUUCCGUCCUCCAAGGCUCAACAGUGUUCAUUUAUAUAUAUAUAUAUUUUUUUUUUAUUACUUCCACCAAUGCUAAGUUUUAUUAUUAUUAUUAUUAUUAUUAUUAUUAUUAUUAUUACUACUACUACUACUACUACUACUAUUACUACUACUACUACUACUACUACUACUACUACUACUUCCACCAAUGCUAAGUAGUGUUCAUUUACAAGACGUGUGUGUUUCAACUGUCCUCAUAUACUUAAUCAUUUAAUGUUAUCUAAUGUGCCUUGGAAUAUUUCUACCUUAUCAUAUAAGUAUAUUUUUCUGUUGUAAGAAUACCUUAGCAUUUGUAAUCAUAUAGUUUUUUCUGAAUACCUUAUGAUUUAGAUUUUUUUUUAUGUGUAGCAAAAAUGUCCACUUACAACUAUAAUCAGUUGAUUGUAUUCACCUAUGUAUUCAUGUAAUGUGCCUUCGAAAUACUUACAAUUCAAAUCAGUUGAUUGUAUUCACCUAUGUAUUGUAUUCAUGUCAUGUGCCUUAGAAAGACAACUCAAAUCAGUUGACUGUAUUCACUUAAUGUAUUCAUGUAAAUGUGCCUUAGAAAUAACUACAGUAUCAAUUAAGUAAUUUGUUCUUCAAGUUGUAAAAGUGAGCACUUACAACCGACAACUAUUAUACAAGUGCCUUAAAGUGCCUACUGUACCAGUUAAGUUUUUGUUUCUUCCUUUAGUUAUAAAAAUCUCCACAUUCAACUAUUAUACGAUGAGCAUUUUUGUCCUCAUACAAUAUUACCAGCUCUUUCAUUAAGGUUUUGUCAAGACUGUGUUCUCUUUGUAAAUCUUAACGGAAUAUUAUAAGUAAUUGUGUUUGAAAGGUUUCAUUAAAAAUAAACUUUAUU